UGGAGAUAGCCUUACUCGGGAUUCCACUCCAUCCACCAGUCUCAUCUCUGUUCCCCUCCUCCCCUCAAGAAGAAUGUUCUCGCCUUGAAAUUGCGCCACCCAGCCCCGGGCCGAAUUUUCCCUGGUGUCGGAUUUCACUUUUGCGGGCGGUUGUGAAUCCUGUGGGUUUUGUUCGCCUUUUCCAUUCGUCGCCGCCGCCUGUUUUCUUGCGGGGGUUGGUUUGUCCCCGCCGACUCUCCCUCUUUCUCUCCUCGUCACUUGCGUGCUGCUGCUGCUCUUCUUCUUCUUCCCGCCCAACUGAUCCGGGAGGGAAGGGCGCCGACGAUGGUGGACUUGGUGGGGCCGCGAGUGUACAGCUGCUGCCAUUGCCGGAACCACGUCUGCCUCCACGACGACAUUAUUUCCAAGGCCUUUCAGGGAAGGUACGGCCGUGCAUUUCUGUAUUCCCAUGCCAUGAACAUAGCUGUGGGGCCUAAGGAGGAUAGGCAACUCAUGACAGGCCUUCACACCGUCGCUGAUAUCUACUGCCGUGAUUGCCGUGAGGUGCUAGGGUGGAAAUAUGAGAGGGCUUAUGAGGAGUCGCAGAGAUACAAGGAAGGGAAGUUCAUAUUUGAGAAAGCAAAGAUUGUCAAGGAAAAUUGGUAGUGAUCAGUGUGUUGCAAACUUAUUUUGAAAGCUGUGGUCAAUGUCUUUGUACAUAGCUGUCUGCUGUUGCCUGUAGGUGCCAAUAUUGGGCUGCACGAUUGUGUUCAUGCCAUUUGUAAUCUGCAUCUGUUACUGUUCAUUUAUGUAAAGAAGACAUGCGUGUUUAUCUGUUUGGUGACCGUCAUCAUCAGCCAUAAAUGAAUGGCUCUCUUUUUGUUA